ACUUCUAUAAUGGUAUCCUUUAAAGGAACCCAUCUUCUUGAGAGUGUAUUUCUUGAAGGAGCUGUUGAGUGAGCUGGCAACUUUUCAUAUAUCUAGGUCAGGCUUCUAUUUAAAUAGUCUCUCUGUCUGCUCCUUCUCCCUAAUGCAUUUGCUCCAUUCAGAAUUAUUACUAUUCAGAAAGCACAGCAGCAUUUCAAUCCUUAUCUUAUUUUGGGAUUACAAAUUCCAAAAUCACAUUCUAAAAUCAAUGGUGUGUAGACCAGUCUACCAACUGUUUAAAGUGAUUAGUAUGAAGAAUCAGUGAAAGAGAAACGCCUUGGAUAUUAUGACAAGGACAAGGGCUACUUUCCAAGGCAGUAUUUACCAGGCUAUACUUACACUAUUACUUUUGGUCAUGUUGGAACUAUUGUGUAAAUCCGUUAAAAAGGUGGAAAAUACUUGGCAAAUGUUGUAAAUGCUCAUGGGAUGACAUAGGUCUUAAAUUACAUUUCGUAAACCAUGUGACUCAGACUUUAAGACUACUUUUUGCUAUGAUUUGUCCAUCAUAAAAGUAAAAGGUUUUGUUGGCAUGUGAAGUCCCUAUUAUGCACCAGACUGUCUGUGGUAGUGCAAUUAAAUCUCAAGUGCAGGCAGAGACAAAGCCUCAGAUAACCAGAAGCAAUUACACUCGCAUCGCCUAGCAAUGAGAUAGGUAUUAAAACCAAAACUUCUGGUGUAGAAAUUUGUUGCUCAAAUAAUGAUUGGGAAGAGAACCCUGAUUACAUCUACCGCUACCAUCUGGCUUUUAUUCAACACAGUGGCCAUUUUGAAUCUGCAUGCUUUCUAUAGACUUUUGUAGCCUCUCAUACUAAGGAAUAAAAAAGCAUCAGCCUCAUUUCUGUUUUAUUACGAUAUAGCAGAAAGGAAAUGAGCUAAAAUAAAUGUAUAUUAAAUUACUUUCUACUUCUUUUAGAGAGGACUUGGACAGAAAACUUCAGGCCAUAGCUGUUUCAAAGUUGUUGAAGACAAGCUCUAAGCAAGUUGUAUUUCUAGGAUAUAUCACUUCAGCUCCUGGAUCCAGAGAUUAUACUGAAUUAAUAGAAAACGGUAAUGUCCAGGAUAUUGACAGUACCGAUCGUGAUAGGUGGUGUAGCUAUAUUAUGUACCGUGGAGUAAUAAGGUUGGGCUAUGCCCGCAUAUCUCACGCUGGUUUAAGUGACUCAGAAGUCCAAAUGGCCAAAUUUAGAAUCCCAGAUGACUUAGAUAACUAUGUUGACAAUGACAGAAUUGUCAUUGAUCCCAGCCAAGUUCCUGAGGACAUCCAUUUCAAUCCCAGGUUUGGAUCUUAUAAAGAUGGACAUAAUUAUGAUGAGAGUAUUCACCACUUUCAUAUGAGCACCCCUAAAUAUUUUAAACAAACAGAAUAAGAAAAUAACGUAUCGUGGGGACCAGCAAGAAAGGUUUGUUGUUUGAAACUGAAGUGGCAGCCAAAAAGGAUACACUGCUUAAGAAUGAGGAGUUCCCGUGCUUUGUAACACUUUGAACAUCUGCGUAAUAGUUGGCAACUCUUUUGUUUAUCAUUGCUGUGAGAGGGAAGUUGCAUAUAUUUUAAUAAACUGGAAUCCUCUUGAGCCAGGUAUCUGUUUUGUAUGUAUGAAAGCAAAAAUUGGAACUUGCAUUAGCAAUAAUCAACUCAGUUUUAUUAAACAUAUCAUGUGUUGUACUGUG